ACACCCCUUGCCUUUUGGCCUUGCAUCCAUUUACUAUUGUUCCAUCCAUUUUCCUUACAUCUAAUAUGCCCAAUAAUCAAUUCAUCCAUCCACAUUCUGAGUCCAUCUAUCCACCCAUCCCUUUCACCAUCUGUCCAUCCAGUAAUAUUUCCUCCUUCUAUUUGUUGCAUCCAUCUUUCCUUCCUUCAUCCAUCUGAUGAAGUGACGAAGCACUCCAGCAUGUGUUUUAGCAUCUCUCCAUGAAACCAUUCAUCUGUCCAGUUAUCCACUCUUUGUAGUUCAUUUCCAGAUUCCAUGUUUAUAUCUUAACCAAAGUAGAAAUAUGUUCAGUAUCCAACAGGAUACAUUUUUAUAUUAUUAAAAUGGGUGUAAGGGGACAGAACUGUGGGAAUUUAGGUCUGACAAAGUCUGACAUGAAAACGUCUCUUAAAUUAAGCCUCAGAAAGACCCUUAAAAUGUUUUAAGUUUGAAAAUGUAUAGCUUUAAAGUGAACCCAUGUCUAACUCCUGGACUUUAACAACUAUGUUUUGUAACAUGAUCAAAGACACAAAAGAGUUUCCAAGACAGACAACUUGACCCAUCCGAUUAUAUAUAACAUGUGCUCCGUUUUCCAUAGAAAAAUCAGGAAGACAGAAACUUGAGGUGGAAGCGAAGCAGGAAAAAAUGUGAUUAAUGCUGAAGUGUUGGAAGUGGAGUCUAGACACGAGCUAUAUUAACCUCCGAGGGCCACACGUGGUACCGAUCAUUGCCUGGUCCCGAGUCAGGCUGUGAACAAGAAUCAUGCCUGUGCCUCUCCUCCUCAAGCCGCUCCUCCUCAAGCCGCUCCUCCAGGAUCGCUGAUAAAAAGCAGAGGAAGGAGGAGAGGAGUGAGGACGCAGUCAGCCAGAUCCCGUCUCCUCACCAUCUUUGAAAAGCAGAAGUAGAGCCUCCUGCACAACCCGCAAGAAUGCAACAAGUGGUUUCCGGAUGGGAAGUCAAUAACAAAACAGUUGUGUUUUCCAGCAGCCAUCGUUCAAAAACACCUCAUGCAGAGGUCACGUCGCAGUAAAACCUGCCGACCAAAUGUCCUGGAGCUCCCAUUGGGUUGCUAGAUGGCAUUUGUUCUUUUAACUCUCCUAUCCGCUGGCAUCGGUGUGACCCUCUGCUAUCCUGCUGAUUUUCAAGACCUGGGAGGAAAUGGCAGAAACAGGACCUCCAUUAGGUUCCUGGUUGUAGGGGACUGGGGCGGACUCCCCACCUCGCCUUAUGUCACGACUGAGCAGACUCUUACAGCUCAGGAAAUGGGCAACGUAGCGGGACAGAUGGGCGCCGACUUUAUUCUGGCGCUUGGUGAUAACUUCUACUUCAAAGGUGUGGACAGUGUGGAUUCCCCACGGUUUCAGGAAACCUUUGAGUCUGUGUACACCUCAAAGUAUCUCAGAGUCCCUUGGUAUGUUGUGGCUGGUAAUCAUGACCAUGCAGGAAACGUCAAAGCUCAGAUCGAGUACUCUCAAAAGUCCGACAGAUGGAAGUUUCCCUCCUAUUACUACGAGCUGAACUUCCGCAUCCCCAACACGGGGAAGACCCUCACCAUCAUCAUGCUCGACACGGUGAUGCUCUGUGGAAACUCCGACGACUUCGCUGACGCGCAGCCCAGAGCCCCCCUGUCUGCGGUGGACGCCAACCGUCAGCUGGUCUGGCUGCAGGACCGGCUGGCCCGGUCCAAGGCAGACUUCCUGUUGGUGGCGGGCCACUAUCCGGUCUGGUCCGUGUCGGAGCACGGCCCCACAAAGUGCUUACUGAAGAAGCUUCGCCCUCUGCUCCUUAAACACAACGUGACCGCGUACCUGUGUGGACACGACCACAAUCUGCAGUACCUUGAAGAGACUGGUGUGGGCUAUGUAGUCAGUGGUGCUGGGAACUUCUUGGAUGAUGACACCAGACACUGGAACCACGUCCCCAAGGACUCUUUGAAGUUUUUCACCGGCAAGUCUUCGACCAAGGGGGGGUUCGUUCAUGCGGAGGUCACAGACAGCAAGCUGUUCCUGACCUACUUCCAGGCCAUAGGCACGUCCCUGUUCCGCACCGUCCUUUCCCAGAGGGAGUUCAUGUAGAUGUCCAACUGAGACGAUCAUUCAUUGUGAAAAGGACUUACCUGUGAUGUCGAAUCGGUGACGCCUGAUUCUUCUUUUAACUUUGCCACAAAAUUUUCAUGUGAAUUUAUUGUAAACUAAAAUGUGUUUCAUAAAGUGUGGCGUCUCUUGUUUCAGGAGCUGUAUAUUCAGGAGCCUUAUAAAAUAAUUUGGUAACGCCAAAUAAUGACAGCAUAUUGGAUUAUUUUUUCCUCUCAUUAGAUGUCGUGCAUGGUAAUGCUAUUCUUUUAACUUGUUCACACAGAAAACUGUUCUGGUUUUGGGUGAAAUUUAACAGCAGAACUCCCUGGAAAACUUUAGAGACAUUUUAUCUUUUUCUUGAUGUCUGUACAUUUUCUUUGCAAUGGAUUUUCUUUCCCAGUGAAAUCAGUUCAAACUUUUUUCUUGACGUGAAGAUAAUUAAGUAAAUGUUUUAUAAAGUUU